CCACCACCAUCACCACCACCGCCACCACCACCAAAACUACAAACAGCCACCGAAACUCCAAAUCACCAAACUACAAAUACACGAAAUGUUCCGUCGGAUCAUCACCGCCGCCGCCCCGGCCGCCCGUCGUGUCGCUGUCCUCCCGCGCGCCACCCCCGUCAUCAAUGCCCGUCGUGGCUACCACGAGAAAGUGCUCGACCACUACUCGAACCCUCGCAACGUCGGCUCGAUGAACAAGGGCGACCUUGACGUCGGCACCGGACUCGUCGGCGCUCCCGCCUGUGGCGACGUGAUGAAGCUACAGAUCCGUGUCGACAAGACGACCAACACGAUCUCGGACGUGAAAUUCAAGACGUUCGGCUGCGGCUCGGCCAUCGCCAGCUCGUCGUACCUGACGGAGCUGGUUCGCGGCAUGUCCCUCGACGAGGCCGGAAAGAUCAAGAACACAGAGAUCGCCAAGGAACUGUGCCUGCCCCCCGUAAAGCUCCACUGCUCAAUGCUCGCUGAGGACGCUAUCAAGAGCGCCAUCCGCGAUUACCAGAGCAAGUCGAAGCGCGCCCCGACAAUGGGCGAGAAGUUGUAAAGUGUUUCUUGUUUCUUGUCCCGUUGGUAAAGCAGCAAAAGUUUAGCCGUGGGGCGGUGGGAUGGGGGAUGAGGGGCCAGGCAGAG